AUGCCUCUCAGAAAUGGAACAUGUUUUAUAAAAAAUUUUACAAUAUCAUGUGUGUUUUCUUCCUGUGUCUAUCUUGGUGUCCCUGCACUUACUCCCUCCUGUCUGUGCCUUAGUGUCUCUGCAUGCACUUCCUCCUUUCUGUGCCUUGGUGUCCCUCUAUGUGCUUCCUCCUGUCUGUGCCUUAGUGUCCCUGCAUGCACUUCCUCCUUUCUGUGCCUUGGUGUCCCUGUACGUGCUUCCUCCUGUCUGUGCCUUAGUGUCCCUGCAUGCGCUCCCUUCUGUCUGUGCCUUGGCGUCCCUGCACACACUCCCUCCUGUCUGUGCCUUGGCAUCCCUGCACACACUCCCUCCUGUCUGUGCCUUAGUGUCUCUGUAUGUGCUUCCUCCUGUCUGUGCCUCCUAGAUGUCGCUGUGCACACCUCUUCCCAUUUGUGCCCUGGUGUGUCUGUAUACUCAUCUUCCCAUCUGUGCCUUGGUAUCUCCACAUACCCCUAUGUCCGUCUGUGUCUCUGGAUGCCUCUUCUUCUGACUGUGUUUCUGCUUCUUCUUUCUCCGUUCGUGUUUUCCAGAUAUAGAAGAUACUUCAUAAAUAUUGCCACAAUACCAUUCAGAUCUAUCAGGCAAUCUUCAUUUUAA